GCAGCCGCUUGGCUCAAGCCAUCCUCGGCCGAGAGGGCCGCCUCUGGCGCGGCCUGUUUUUUGUUGCCCGCGCGCUCGGCACCGCCCGAUGAGCGCCGCGGGCGGAGUCGCGAGGCUGGCCCCGACCCUGCGGCAGAGGUUGGCCGAUAGGAUCCGCCCGUUGGAGUCCGCCGUGGACGAGCUUUCCUAGGGGGCCUCAACGCGCCAGACUACAAUGCGCCGCCAGCUCUCGGGGGCAACGACGAGGAGACGAUCAACGCAGUCGCCGUCGGCAUGCUCGCCGCGGCCGUGGGGGUGACGCUGGCCGCCGCGGCGCUGGACGUGCUCGGCGGGCGCCCCGCGGGCGAGGGGCGACCCCGCGCCUGGGCCGCCGCGCUGCUGCUCUGCAGCUACUGCGCGCUGAUCCCGGGGCUCAGCAGCACCCUCCUGAGCAUCACCAUGAUUGUCAACGUGGUCGGGCACCGCAUCAACGUCCACCCUGACUCGGGCAAGCCGUCAUGUACCGAGUCCACUCCUGGGCUUGCUCGCCUGAUGUACGAGACGGGGUCGACGCUGGGCGCCGUGCUCAUCGUUCUCUUUGCCAUGGUGGUACCUGCCCUGGAAGUGUCGUUUCUCGUCCUGGGCGAGGUCUUUCGGAACAGAAGCGGGACGGCCUGCGACAGGAGGAUAGGAGCCGUCAUUCUCUGGGUGCAGCACAGGUCCAAGUGGGCGUCGCCAGACAUGUUUGCGCAGAUCCUCAUGGUGUCCCUCGUCCGGGGCCUGAACCACCCCGACCUCAUCCUCGCGGACGCGCGGCUGGACGUCGGUUUCACUUGCUUCGCUUACUUCUGCGUGGGCGCCACCGCCUCCGCCCUGGGCUUCCCGCUGCCCGAGGCGGCCGAGCGCGAGCCGCCAGAGCCGCCCGCGUGGCUGCCGCGCUGGCUGGGCGGGCGCGUGCUCGCUGUUUCCGCGUGGGCCCUGGCCGCCCUGUUCGCGGCGCUGCUCGUGGCCGGCUGCCAGUCGCCGGUCAUGUCUCUGCGCAUCGACGACAGACCGCUGUACAAGCCCCAGGGGCCGCUGCCCCUGGAGGCGAAGAGGGCCGUCGAGAUGCUCGGCGUGGUCCAGAUGCUGGGCGCGGACGUCAGCGUCCAGGACUCCGUGGGCGCGCUGUGGGGGUGGGCGGGCGACGGGGAGGUCAACAGCGCCGUCGGCUGCGUGAUGCUGGCCGUCUUCGCGGUCGGGGUGGCCGCUCUGGACGUCCUCGCCCUCGCGCUGUGCGCCUCGCUGCUCUGCCUCGCGGGCUGCGACGGCGGCGCCGCGGGCCGUGCGGGGAGCCUGCUGCGAUCGGCCACGGCGGUGCUGAGGAGGCUGUCGAUGCUGGACGUUGCGAUCGUGGGCAUCUACCUUGUGACCGUCUGCAUGUCCGUGUACAAGAGCAUCGGCGUCACGGUGUCCACUCGCAGGGGCCUGCACUACCUGCUGUGCGCCGAGGCCGUCCACCUCGUGCUCCACCACGCCGUCUCGGGCGCCGCCCGCCUCGCCGACGCCGCCCGCCUCGGAGCGGCGCGGCGCGCGUGCGCGGCCCCGGCGGCACCGCCGGGCGACGCGGAGGAAGCUCCCCGAGGAGGCUUCGGCGCCUGCUGCCCCCCGCGCGGGCGGCCCUGGCUGCCGCUCCCCACCGGCGCCCCGGACGGGCUCUGCGCCGCCACCCCGGAGGCGGGGCCGCGCAGCCCCGGCGCAGCCUCCGCCGCGGAUGCCCCACGCCCUGCCGGCAGCCAAAGAAAAAAAUCUCCUCGCUCGCUCCGUGCGCCCCCCCCUCGUGCUCCCGCCGCCUCGUCAAGAGGGGGGGCUGUGUCGGCGCCGCGUCCAGUCCAGGCCUGCCGAAUGUAGAGCGCCC